CCAAUUCCUGGCGGCUGUGGACGUUACAUUUCUGAAGGUUUUGCCAGUGGAAUGCUUUCCACGGACAUAAUGUAUUUACCAAAGGAGCAGGAUACAGAUUACAAUUCAACCCCUACUCACGAGGCACUACGUUAUUGGACUUCUGUCAUCAAGUUUACUCCUGCUGGCAUGCCGGAUUCCAUAAGUGGAAGCUACAAAUGUCCUACAUCAGGAUGGAAUGUCACAAUCGUCUAUAAAGUGUAUAGUGCUCCGUUGGUUACUGCCGGGGGUUCAGCGCUUUCUUCUACUAACCCUAGUCCGGAAGAAACAACAGAAAUGCUGAAACAGAUGUCAUCCACCGAAAGUUCCUUUGGGACUCUGAUGCAUAUGUUUUCUCCAAGGAUAAAAGCUGCAGUACAACAAGCUGCACUAAACAAACUUGGUAUCACGAAACGCCCCUACGAAGAUUGGAUUUCAGAGGAAACAAUCCGUGGCUCAAUCCUGGCCAGGAACGCCCGUCUAGCUGGUCAUCACGAUUACCAGCGACUCAGACGGGAAGCAACCCGCUCCGUAAAAGCAGAUCGGCGCAACUACUGGAACGAAAUAGCGAACAAGAUGGAACCGCAGCCAGUGCAUGUCACUUUGAAGAUCUCUUUCGCCUCAUAA